AUGAGCGUAAUCAGGGAAAAUAACAAAAAUAGAGGUAAAGUCUAUCGUUGCUUUGCCAUUUUUAACUGUGAUAGAUAAGAAUUCACUCACAUUUAAAAGCGACGAUGCAGCAAGUCUUAUGAGUCCUCCUCUCAAGACAUCAGAAAUUAAGCUGAACUUUGUUUCUCUACUCAUUCCUUAGAACUAAGUUAUAAGAAUGGCUAUUCAGAAUGGUUCGGAAUCUUAGAUUAACCAUAAAGUAAUCAAGUCUAACCAUUUUAUAGAGUGUUAUUUCAUAUUCAUGCUCUUUCCUCAAAGCAAUAUCUAAUUAGUAAAUGAUGCCUUAAAUCAAUUAAUUAAAUUAGUCUCAUCCAUACCUAAUUACUACCACGUAAACAUUUAAAGAUAAAUAGUUAACUUCUGAAUAAUUGGAUCAACUAAAAAGAGCAGAAAUAAGGAAACUGAUAGAUAAAUUAGAAAAUGAAUACAUUGAAAAAGAUGGCAUCAUGGGUAAUCCUUCAGAUGAUGAGUAAGCUGGUAGCAAGAUUUUGAAUUUCAAUCCUAUUAAGUAUAACUACAUGCGUAAUAUAAGGUCAAAUCCUCCAAGUACAUUCAGAUCAAACAUUUAAUAAUAGCAAUCCAAAAAUGACACAGUAAAUAUAUCAUCCUAAUUAAUAGAAAGAACUUAUUUAGAUAUAAACUGUAGAGAAGGAAUAUCUUGAGUUCGGAGUUUAUAGAGGAUUUGCUAUCUUCAGUGUCAAUUAAUAAAAAUUCAUAUUCUAACUUAGAAGAGGAUCCAAAUCAGCAUUUUCGCAAUCAAUCAAUAAUAUAGAGAAGUUAUUAAAGAUAAAUUCCAAAUAACCUGAAUAAAAUUAGAUUAUCUUUGAAAAAAUCAAUUCCAGAGCAGAAUGGCAUGGGAAGUAUCAUAAAAUUGAUUGUACCUAUUUUUUCUUUAUUUAAUAGAAUGCUAUUAUUUGAUUAUGACUUAUCAAAAUGCUGACCAAGAGGAAUGCCACACCACUUUAAAAUUAGCCAUAAGUAGAUUUUCGAAAGAUCGAAAUUUUGUUUAAUAUUCUUAGUAAGAACUAAAUGAUAAAUACCUUUGGGGUAUCAGCAAUCUGUUGAAAUCUUCAGAAAAACAUUAUGAAUAUGAUCAAGGAUAUUUAGGUUAACCGAGUGAUGAUGAGAUUGUACCUAAAUUAGAUAUUCUAAAAUAAAGGACUUUUGGCUUAACCAAAAAUUAUUCCUCUUUUUCAGCAUCCAAAAUGGAAUUAAUUUAAAUGUAGAUUCUGCCAAGAGCUCAUUUAAUGCAAUUAGGAGAAACUGAUUUAGAUUCUCCUAUUUAAACAAAAGAAACCAUUUUAACAAAGCUUGAUCAUUUUGAACCAUUGGUUAAUGAUACAGAAGAUAUAUUGUAAUAUGGUGUAAUCACUUCUCUUGUUAUUCUGUUAAUUAUUUUUGCAUAUUUGAUAUUAAAAUGA